AUGGCUCAAAACCGUUCCAUGGAAGCCCGUGUUGGGCGCAAGAAUCAACGCUACGGCUCUAAGGGCGAACGUCUCGUUGCCGGUGUUGUCCCUCUCUCCACUGAUAAGACUAAGGUUCUUAUGAUCCAGUCUGCUGGUCCUGGUGGUUGGGUUCUUCCUAAGGGUGGUUGGGAAACCGAUGAACCUACUCCUCAGCAGGCUGCUUGCCGUGAGGCUUGGGAGGAAGCUGGUGUGAUCUGCACCGUGCAGCGUGACCUGGGUGUGAUUCCCGAUAUGCGGCCCUCCGCUCAAUUGACUACCAAUGCGCCUAAGGCAUCCUACCAAUUCUUCGAGGUCACAGUCGACAAGGAGGAGGCUGAGUGGCCCGAGAAGCACAAGCGUCAGCGCAAGUGGGUUAGCUACACUCAGGCUGCAACUGCUCUCGCAAACCGACCUGAGCUUCUGGAGGCUUUGAACCGCAGUUCCCUGCAGCGCUAG